AUUUUCUUGAAAACGCUCCAGGCUUCGGCUUGGAAAAUCCAACCGCCAAAAUUGAGCCCAGCAGCUGGAGCGGCAGCGAGAGCCCUGCCGAAAACAUGGAAAGGAUGAGUGACUCUGCAGAUAAGCCGAUUGACAAUGAUGCGGAAGGGGUCUGGAGCCCCGACAUUGAGCAGAGCUUUCAGGAGGCCCUGGCUAUCUAUCCGCCGUGUGGGAGGAGGAAAAUCAUCUUAUCAGACGAAGGCAAAAUGUAUGGUAGGAAUGAAUUGAUAGCCAGAUACAUCAAACUCAGGACAGGGAAGACGAGGACCAGGAAGCAGGUGUCUAGUCAUAUACAGGUCUUAGCAAGAAAGAAAGUUCGAGAAAUUCAAGCCGCCAUUAAGGUGUCUAGUCACAUUCAGGUUCUUGCCAGAAGGAAAUCUCGUGAUUUUCAUUCCAAGCUAAAGGUAACAAGCAUGGAUCAGACUGCAAAGGAUAAGGCCCUCCAGCACAUGGCCGCCAUGUCAUCAGCCCAGAUUGUCUCGGCCACUGCCAUCCACAACAAGCUGGGGCUGCCUGGAAUCCCACGCCCCACUUUCCCAGGGGCUCCGGGGUUCUGGCCUGGAAUGAUACAAACAGGGCAGCCAGGAUCCUCACAAGAUGUCAAGCCCUUCGUGCAGCAGGCCUACCCCAUCCAGCCUGCAGUCACAGCCCCCAUUCCAGGGUUUGAGCCUACAUCAGCCCCGGCUCCCUCCGUCCCUGCCUGGCAGGGCCGCUCUAUUGGCACAACCAAGCUUCGCCUGGUGGAGUUCUCAGCUUUUCUCGAGCAGCAGCGAGACCCAGACUCGUACAACAAACACCUCUUCGUGCACAUUGGGCAUGCCAACCAUUCUUACAGUGACCCGUUGCUCGAAUCAGUGGACAUACGUCAGAUUUAUGACAAAUUUCCCGAAAAGAAAGGUGGCUUAAAGGAACUGUUUGGAAAGGGCCCUCAAAAUGCCUUCUUCCUCGUAAAAUUCUGGGCCGACUUAAACUGCAAUAUUCAAGACGAUGCUGGUGCCUUUUAUGGUGUAACCAGUCAGUACGAGAGUUCCGAAAAUAUGACAGUCACCUGUUCCACCAAAGUGUGCUCCUUUGGGAAGCAAGUAGUAGAGAAAGUAGAGACGGAGUAUGCAAGGUUCGAGAAUGGCCGAUUUGUAUACCGAAUAAACCGCUCCCCGAUGUGUGAAUAUAUGAUCAACUUCAUCCACAAGCUCAAACACUUACCAGAGAAAUAUAUGAUGAACAGUGUUUUGGAAAACUUCACAAUUUUAUUGGUGGUAACAAACAGGGAUACCCAAGAAACUCUCCUCUGCAUGGCCUGUGUAUUUGAAGUGUCAAAUAGUGAACAUGGAGCACAGCAUCAUAUUUACAGGCUUGUAAAGGACUGAACGUGGUUAUUUAUAUAUAUAGAUAUCUGUAUAUACACACACGUACGUGCACACACACACUCUCCAUUAUCGAGCGACUGACUAUACACCUCACCACACAGGGGGUGCCUGGCCCCGAGGUCACCCUGACUUUUCUAAAUCCUGUUUGAGUGAAGUCAUUUUUUCAUGUGUUCAUAUUAUUAUUGUAGCUGUGAAGUUCUGGUACAGUUGUAAAAAGAGAAAUCGAGUUGUUUCUAUGUGUUCUUCAGAUGUGCAGCCCACAGUUGCUCGGGAAGGUGAGCCUUCUAACCCGUCUCGCUCUGCGGAGACCUGUCCCUUACUGUGGUAGGAAGCGCUGAGACAGAGCAGUGGCCAUGGGACAUUGGCUGCCUUUAUACAAAUGUAUUUAGUUCUCCUUUUCCAAAAUAAAAUUCUUGUUUUAAGAUACAAGUAAAAUUAAUCUUUAAAUAUAAAUGUAAAUUAGUACACAAAACUAAGAAUCUUUAGACUUAUCUUUGUAACUAAUUAGGGUGGAAGUUAUGAAAGAAUGUAAUUCACUAAAUUAUUUUUUAAAUGAAAUCUUUCUUUCUUUUUGAAACCAAAUGUUAAACUAUAGCCUUAAGAAAUGCUUGGUAGAAAUACCCUAAUGAGACAAAUUUGUACUUUUUCCCUCAAGGUUAAAACUAAUCUCCUAAUCCAUUAAACUCUUGAACAGAUAUUACAAAGGAAAAAAAUUUUACCCCUUAUCCUUAACAUAUAUAGUAUAUUUAAAAAUGUAAAAUUGUAUUGUACUAAUGUGAUGAUUGAUUAUUUAAUGAAAAAAAUAUGGCUCUUUUGCAAUAAGUAGAUAAAUACUGAAAAUCUAAACUUACAAUGUUUAUAGUUGUGUGUGCAGUUAUAUUUUAUACGGACAACCAAAAUUUUUAUUAAGAUGAGUAAAUAUUUGAAAUUUUUAGCAAAAUUUUAAAUUGGCACGAAUACUGCACUGUGAGCUGCAAAGUAUAGAGAAUCCUGUGGCUGGGAGAAAAUUUCAUCAACCAAACAAAUAAAAAAGGCUCAUCAGGUUUGGCGCCUCUGCUCCCCAGAAAAUUGCAAGCAUCCUCGCCAGCCUGUGGAUAAACUUUCCUUCCUAGUGAGUGACUCAGUAUGCAUAGGAAGCUGCAGUGACCAUGCCGUGCGUGUGCGCGUGCGUGUGCGCAUGUGCGCGCGCGCAUGGCUACUCAGCACUCUUGUUGAACAUCCACUUGGUAUUGCUCAGUUUGCAAAGUGCUGACAAGUAUUGUUUCCAGUCUGCACCUGUGGACUUAGAUAUAUUCUUCUCUCUGUGGACAUCCAUUUCUUUCACAUCUCUCAACAAGUGAUAAUGGCGCUUGUUUGACUUAGGCUUAAGAGGCCCAGCUACUCCUCUCUGACCUUUUCAAACAGGCUCAGUCUCUUUCCAGGAGAGAUUCAAGUUUCCAGUCCAAAUAUUCCAAAGUGUCCCCCAGGCAAGUUGGUUUCCUGUGGCCACAUGUCUUGGGUUAUUCCAUAAGUCCUUCGCUGUGGGAGAGAAGAGGGGAGUACCUUCAACUUUCCAGAGGAAAAUGACAUUUUAAUACCUGUCAGGAAUAUGUGAACACAAUAGAACGUGAAAUAUUCUUUGUAAGUUGUAAAUAAUUUAAGAUAUUUUCACCAAGGCUAGAAGAUAAAAGCCUAGCAGUACCACAUCCAAGUAACUUACACACCCCUGCCCUUGGCUGCCACCUGCUCUGGCCGAGCUUGUGCGCUGUUCAGAUCUUGUCAUGAGUGUGACUGUGCAGCUGCCUCAUGGCACACCGCACAACCCUGGCCUAAGCCUGGCCUUGCCCACGCGCCUCUGUAGUCACUGAGAACAGCAGGACGUGCAGACUUUCUCAUUGGGAAUGCAAGUCUGCUAGUACACCAGCAGGGCAGUGCUCCUCUUCCCCCACAACAGGAUGACCUUUGUCCCCUCUUCCGAUCUUCAGAUGGGACUUUGCGGAAUGCCCUAGCCACCCACUUUUCAGCGCAGCCUGCAGCCCAAGCGCUUAAGCACUUCCUGCAGCCAUGAUGACACUGACAGUAGUUUCUGAUGAACACACCUCUUGGGGUGAUUCUUUGGCUUCUAUUGCCUGCAUCCUUCAUCAAGGGAACACUCACUCUCGCAAGACCUGGUCUUAGAAGCUGGUGAGAAUGACCCCAUGUGGCUAACUUCAGAGAAGAGAUGCCCAGCUCACGUUCCACUGGGAAUGGGGCUCUUCUGUGCUACUGGGAGUGCUCUUGGGGUUUACCUGCUAAAGCACAAAGGAAGCAGGGACCCAGGAAGGUGAGCUGGAAGACAGCUGUUGGCUCCCUGCCCCACUGCCUCCACCCUCCUUGCAGUGCCCUUGCAGUUGAGUUUUGGGGGUUUGUAUGAAUGACACUGAAAAUUACUUUUGGCUUUUAAAGUAUCUGUAGGAUUUUAAAUCCUUGUAAAGGUUUCUCCAGGAAGCACAUGUUCCUUGUAUUAACCACUGGUCCAGUCACCCCAAAUUCUUGGGCUAGCUUUUCUUUGUCUCUGCCAAAUCAAACCCUGGGGUAGGACUUAUGUCCUCACACCUAGCCUGAGUCACUUUGAUCUGUUGUCCUAUGUGGUUGUUCCUUCUCUUUUUGUUUUACAAGCUUCCUAAACAAUAAAGAGGCCCUGUACCACCCAACCACCACCCUCUGCUGGGUGCUGUCUUCUGGGUGUCUGUCCUUAGGCCUGCAUGCUGUCUGCGGAGUUGGGAGGCCAGUUUUCCACAGGGAAGAGCUGGAGGACAGAGCUUUCUUCUGUUGGUGUUUAUUUCCAUUGCAGUAAGAGAUCUAAAGGACAGCCAGGACUUCAGAACAUAGUGUCCAGGCGUCCUGAGACCAGUGUUUUUCCUCCUCAGCACUACUGGGCUUUUGUAGUGGAUCAUCUCUUGUUGUGUGGGGCCAUCCUAGGGUUGCUGAUGUUCCCGGCAUCUACCCAGCAGCACCCCUUUCCCCAGCUGUCAGAGGCCACGGUGUCCCAGACAUACCACGUGUCCAGCGGGGUUCAGCAUCACUCCCAGUCUUAAGUGACUACUCUGAAUCAUAGCCCACUGGCAAUGGUCUCCCCUACCCCUCAAAAGAAGCUCUGCUGGGAAUCUUGUUUGAGGCCCUAAAGGAAGGGGCAGGUGGGACUAUUAAUCCGGUGACUUUGUGUUCAGUGAAACUUCCCUUUUCUAACAGUCUUUCAAGCUACAAGUAUUCUUUUGCUCAUCUUUGGGGAAGUGAAAAAUCGGCCAGUCACAUCAUCCCGUUGUCAGCUAACACUUGUUUAGAGAGCAUUUCUGAUCUGACUUUCAGCCCUUAGUUUACCAGGGGUUAAAAGAAAGACAUAGAGGAUCCAGUAGUUUUCACUAUCGUAAGCUCAUGGCUGGCAUUCUCAAGCCACUUCUGUGUAUUUCUUCUGGGGUGCUUCCCUGCUCUGCCUUCCACCAUUACUGGUGGAGAACCUCCUGAAGCCACCAGAACACUUUCUUUUCAUCUUUAGGAUGCAGAUAGGGAAGGCUCUUUCAGAAAAGCAUUUAUCACAUUUUUCUUCCCUGAGUGGGAAGAGAGCCAAUGCUACUCUCCUUCGUCUUGUGGGCGAGAAGGUUGGUGCCCAGAGGGGACAUGCUGACUUGCCCAAGUCACCCUGAUGGAUAGUGACGGUCAGGGUGAGGACUCUUCAGUGCUCUGCCUCCUUAAUCCUCGGCCUCUUCCUGCAGAGGCCAUUCUUUUUCGGUGCUCUGUGCUUACAUGAUCCCAAGAAGGUGUGGAGAACAUUGGUUCUGACAAGGGGCGAUAGGGUAGCCCAGUGUCACCUGCUACCCCGUGGGGUGUCCCUGCCAGCCCUGGUCUCUGAGGCAUCCACAAGCAGGAGAGAAAUCUGAUGAGCCUUUUUGCUUUCUCUGAGGAGGACAUUUCCCCUGCCACAGGCUCUGAGUCCAAUUUCUGUUUGCUGAGCAUCCCAGCAGCAGAGUCCUGCCCUCCAGCCAGCCCAGUCUGAGCGCUUGGUGUUAGAAGUCCCCACGUGACUUUUAAACCCAAGUAUUCUUUAGGUUUCAAUACUGCGGUGGCUUUAGCCAUUGUUUUUGUACAACCAUAAAUUAUUUAAAUCACAUGAGAUGACAGUCAGUUUUACAGACCAGGUACAUAUGAUUUGUAUACCUUUGUAUAUGCUCUGGUACACUACACGUGUCCUGACGAAGGGUAGCGCUACCCUGUCUGUCGGUGUUCAUGCCUAGGACACUAGGGGGAUGUCUGCAUUGCUUAUUUCUUUAUGUUGAUGUUCUGUGGCAAAGCCCUGCAUGCAUUAUUUCUGAAAAGCCUUAAAUCUCGGAGACAUUGCUUGUAGGUUCUGCAGUGCAAGAGGCUGCCGCAGAACCGUGAGCCCUUUUGUAAGCUGGAAGUGUUUCUCUUACUACUGUUACUUUUUAAGGAUGUUUUCAAUUCAGAGCUGCCAAAGCAUUCAGUAAGCAGUGCCUUAGCCAUACCUUAGUCGUGCCGCCAGCCUUCUCGCACCUAUCUUGUUGUCUGCUCACCAAUUGGCCCAAUCUUUGAAACAGAACAACAACAAAAAACUUGUUUCCCUUAUUUUGUUCCUUAAGCCCAUUUUUCUCUGGUUCUAUUGGAAACUGGCGACUUGGUCUAAAAUCUGAAACUGAACUCAAGUCAGUUUCUUGACUACAUUCGCCAAUGUCUGUACCAAAACAAAAGGUUGCAACUCUGUAGUUUACUAAGAAAAGUAAAUUGUACUUUUAUUGUUGCCUUUUGAAUUCAUGACCAAAUACUUAGCUAUUUGUGAAUCUUCUGCACUCAAGCAUGAAAGUGCCUUUGGUUUGAGAUUCCAGCUUAGAAAAGUGCUGCCAUAAUAACGAUCAUUUGUAGAGAGACCAAAAAUAUUUUGAGAUCACCGUAAUGCCUUUGGUUUACCGGGCCGAGUAACCAGCCACAGGCCUCUGUUCACAAGAGUGUGCAGCAGGCUGCCUCCUGCAGCUCUGCCUGCCGUGGAGACCCCAAGCUGUUGUGCCGUGUGUGCCGACCACCCGGCGCGUUGUUUCUGAUGGUCACCCAGCCCUGCAUCCACAUGAAGGAAUUUCCACACGGACAGCAGAAUCUCGGCCAGUGGACAGAUGUGACAGCCUUCGCCCUCUCCUUGUGUCUGCUGGGUCUCUGGAGACUCCCGUUCCCAUUCAUGACAGCGCGCACUUACCUGGUUUACAUGAUAGUACCAUUUGGAAAGUUGGAACCCUCAAACUGAGAUGACAGUGCAGAACAAAACGUGCGUUAGGGCCAUCAUCAUUGAAGCGUUCUGAGAGCAAACACGUGGACUCGAGUGUCGUGUAUGAACGUGCUGCGAGAAACUUCCAAAGAGCACCAUCCACAAUUCGGCUUCUGCAAAGACUGUCCCAGCCCUUGAAAGGGCAGCUGUUCAGUCUGUCAGCUUUUAUCCAAACCGUGUCUAAAUUGGGAAAAUGAUAGAGGUGAGGAAGAGGAAUGAAAAGGACGAGACAAAACCACAAAAACAGGAAACAAAACAAAAACACCAGCCAAAAAGAAGCCAGGAAAAAAGUGAUUAUUGUUUUCCUGCUAAUAUUGAUGUAAAAAUAACAUCAGACAACUUUGAAAGUUAGCCUCUCUUAAUACAUUGUUCUGUCUCUCCCGGUGUCUGUAGCCUCCUUAGGCUGUGCCAUUCUGCCCCAAGUUGUGGGUCCAUGUAAGAGUUCCACAAACACUAUGAAAUGAAAAGGAGAAUCACUGUACACAGUCAGAGUUCGCUGCCUGAAUUCUCAGCUUCUCCCCUUCAGGACUACACCACAACUGGGAAGGAAUCAGUCAAAUGUGUUUCCUCCUGCUCCUCUUUGGAGCUGUUACUGUGUUUUUGUUUGAUAAUAGUUUUCUCUCAUAGACUCUUUGCUUAUAUCUUUAACAAUGAAGGUUUUGUGUCAAAAAUGUAUGCAUUGCGAAAGUAGUUUCCCUGAAGUCAUGCAGCCCUCGAGAAGAUGAAAUGUUGGUAUUUAUUGUCCUACUUCCUAAGCUGCAACUUGUUCUACUCUGUGAAUCUGCAUUGAGUCACUCAUGCGCCAGCCACACUAGGUCAUUUUAGUAUUGGAAGCGGCAUUUAUGUUCCCUCCUGGACGUCACCAGGUGGGAGCAGACUUCACUAGAUCACACUGUUCCAGUGGCCCUCCCUUGCCUUCCACGUUGAAGUGGCUGGCUCCACUGUCCCCUUCUCUAGGAGAGCGGACAGAAUCUAGGCAUAAUCAGAAAUCAGUCCCUGGUUGUUUUUUUUUCAUUUCUUGCAUUAAUCAUUUUCUGUGAUUAGUUUUCACUGUGUAAAUUAUAUGUUAACUGUACUUCUUUUAAAAAUGUGCAUCUCCCUGUUACCUCCUUAUAAGAUUUCCUUCUGUAUGCCUUUUUUAAAAGUAGGCUUAUAAUUGAAGACAAAGAAAACCAAGUAAAAACAAAAACAGUAUGUGCCUAAAAAAAAAAAAAGACAAAAAAUUUUUGUAACAUUUAAAAAAUCCGAAUAGCCUUUACUUUAAUAUGCUCCAGUUCUAUGUAAAUUGGUUUUUUGCCGCGUGUGUUUGUUCACAUUCUAAACGACUUAAUGGAUUCUCACAGUCUCUGUGUCUGUCUCGUGUGUAGAAUGGCUUGUGAUGUAAGGUGUCAUCCGCUCAGCGGGUCCUCUGAUAUUGUACUGCUGCUGGGCCUGAGCUGCGGAGCCCGCCUUUGGGAAGCGGGUUUCUCCAGCGUUGAUUGGCGAGAUGGGGUAGGGUGGGCAAAUCCACACACACUUCCUUAACCUAUUUGCAGAACUCUUCAAAAGGCAUUUGUUUAAACCUCUUGGCAGUACAGUAUUCUUGUAUUUGUUAACGUUUGUGUUUAGGUACUGGUACCUUUUUGUUUAAAAAUGUUCUAAGUGUUGGCUUUAAAGUGAAUUUAUCUUUAGUAUGAUAGUUAUAUGAAAAUUAUAGGGUUUGUGUGCAGAGAAUUUUUUUAUAAAGUGCUUUGUAAAAAAAAAAAAAAUAUGUAUUCUAGCUUUCGCGGUACAUAUGUGUGAUAACUUUAAUAUCCAUGACAGUUAAGUGCAAUUAUUUCAUCACUCUAAAAAUGCUAUUUUUGUGUCAGUUCCUGCAGGUGUUUUCAUGUCUUUGCAAAGUGACACAUUUUGAUGCCUUCUUGAUAAAAGUGGUAGACAUUUUGUAGCUUUCUAGAAACUUUGUAUUCAUACGGUAUCAAUGAAAAAUAAAGAAAAUGAAAGUGUG